AUGGACUUCAUUACGAAGCUACCACCAUCGCAGGACCAAACAACAAAGGUGAAGUACGACAGCAUUCUAGUCAUCACUGAUAGACUUACGAAAUAUGCUUACUUCAUACCAUACCUUGAAUCUUCGACUGAUAGACUUACGAAAUAUGCUUACUUCAUACCAUACCUUGAAUCUUCGACAGCUGAAGAUAUGGCUCACACAUUUUUGCAAUACGUUUAUGCAAACCAUGGGAUGCCAUCCGAGAUAAUCUCCGACAGAGAUAAACUAUUUACGUCGAAAUUCUGGAAAUCACUAAUGGAUCAAAUUGGAACAAAACACAAACUGUCAACAGCAUAUCAUCCACAGACUGAUGGUCAGACAGAAAGGAUCAACCAAACACUGGAACAGUACUUACGUUGCUACGUCAACUACAGACAAAAUAAUUGGGUUACGUUGUUACCGUUAGCUCAAUUUGCUUAUAAUAGCAGCACAGCAGCAACAGGAAUGUCACCAUUCUAUGCGAAUUAUGGAUACGAACCAGUUGGAACGAGACCAGCAAGAAAUGUUCACGAAAUAGCGCAAAAAGCAUCCAUGACAGUGGAAAUGAUGAAAGAAUUACAUCAAGAAUUGUCAAGAGACAUUGAAUUUAUCGCAACACGUUCUGCGAUAUACCACAACUCUAAAAGGAUGGGAGGACCAACCUUUAAAGAGGGGGACGCAGUCUACCUUUUGAGAAAAAACAUCAAGACUAAACGACCAAGUUCGAAAUUGGACUACACAAAAUUAGGACCAUAUCCGAUCAAGAAAGUGUUAGGAAAGGCAAACACCAAGGAACACGCAAGACCCACGGAAAUCCAACUAGACGAUGAAACUCAGGACCAAGAGUACGAGGUGGAAAAAGUCUUGGACAAACAAGACAUCGAUGGAAAACCCUAUUAUCUGAUCAAAUGGUCAGGAUACACAGACUCAGAAAAUACAUGGGAACCAGAAACAAACCUCAGCCCUGAGACACUUGCGAAUUACCGCCGCCGGAACCCGGACCAGGCGAAAAAGACAUCAGAGCAGCCAACUCCUGCUCGUCGAGGGUGUCGACCCCGACAACAUUGGAUUGCGACUCUUGAGCGAGCUCUUCCUGCUCCAAGGAACGAGCCUCCCGAGCGAUCAUCGCGAUGCGCCGAUCCAAACUCGCCGCUUCAGCAAUGGAGCGCGACACCUCCGCAAUGGCGCGAGAACGAGCAGCCUCCAGACGAGUCCGCUCUGACUCUAACUUCUGGAACGCAUCCUCCGAAUAGUUUCCGUCACAAGGAACACCCUUCGCUGUACAGUGCGAACACUCAAGACUCUCAGCCUCUUGAGCGUCCUGGCAUUGAUGCGCAUGAAGAGCCCGAAGAGCCUGUUGCAGCUUUUGCUUCUCGGAUUCAAGCUUCUGAAACACAUCCUCUGAAUAGUUCCUGUCACAUGGAACACCCUUCGCUGUAUAGUGCGAACACUUUUAAUAAAGUAUCUUAG